AAUCUCUUUUUCCUUUUGUUUUGUAAUUGUAUAUAUACACAAUACUUAUCUUCUUUUGCCAUUGGCUGCAAUAUUAGUACUGCUUUGUGAACGAAAGAGAGAGAGAGAGAUGGGACAUCACUCCUGCUGCAACAAACAGAAAGUGAAGAGGGGGUUAUGGUCCCCAGAAGAAGAUGAAAAACUCAUCAACUACAUUACAACAUAUGGCCAUGGCUGCUGGAGCUCAGUUCCUAAACUUGCAGGCCUACAGAGAUGUGGAAAGAGCUGCAGACUGAGAUGGAUAAAUUAUUUGAGACCUGACUUAAAACGUGGGAGCUUCUCUCCCCAAGAGGCUGCCCUCAUCAUUGAACUCCAUAGCAUUCUAGGCAACAGAUGGGCUCAGAUAGCCAAGCAUCUACCAGGAAGAACAGAUAAUGAAGUGAAGAACUUUUGGAACUCAAGCAUAAAAAAGAAGCUCAUCCCUCAUGAAGUUAUUCCUGCCUUGGCCUCCUUUUCUCAUGAUAUUCACAACCCUAGUGGUAAUUCUGAGGAAAGUUUCUUCACCCUCACCACAAACCCUAAUUUGGGUCCUCAACAAGACCAGCUAUUCCUUCCCAUUCCAAAUCCAAUGCCUCAAGGUUUCAAUUUUCAUGGUGAUCAUAAUAACAUCAAUCUCAUCAAGUUAGACCAGACCAAUUACGGUUCCAAUUUCGUUCAUCAUUUUCCUCCUCCCCUCCAAUUGCCAUCAAAUUCUUCCUCAUAUGAGUCCUCAUGGUCUUUAGGCUAUCAACCCCAUCAUCAAUUUGAUCCCAAUCCACAUCUUCAAAAUUUCAGCAUUGAUGAAGCAGCUGCACAUUAUAAUAUUGGUAAUGAACUUAUGGUUCCAAUUAGUAUGCCAUCAUCAGCACCAGCAGUAUAUGAAAACCCUUCAAUUCUACCUACACUGCCUAAAUUGUGUGAGAUCCUUGAUGGUAAUGUUUGUAGGAUGCCAUGUUACCCAUCUGAUCCACAAGACCUUGACUCACUUGCCAAAUUAUCAUGUUUUCCAUCUACUCAUGGGGCUUAUCCUCAAGAUCUUCAGUUUCUAUCCAGUCAAUUGGAGUGCAUUGAUGCCAUACUUUCAUUGCCAUCAUCUUCCUCAUCAUCAUCCCCGUUAUCGGUAUCUUCAUCCUUGUCACCUUUAUCGAGCACCCAAUUUGUCGCAAACUCUACUGUUUCGGAAGCCUAGCUAGCUAGACAUGGUAAUAAAUUCAAAUUAGGUUUUUUGUAUGGUUGGAACUUGGAUUUAUAUUCAUAAACCUGAAAAAUGCAUAUAUUAAUUUCUUGACAUUUGCAUAAGGUGACGCUAUUCCCAUUACUAGAAAACCUAAAUGUUGCUAGCUAGUUUAGGCUCCUUGGGGAGUAAUGUUUGUUGAAGCCCCAUAUCUACCUCCUUUCACA